AUGGCUCUUCUAAUUGCGAGCAUCAUGAUAUUAUUUAUGAGUAACGUAGGCGUCGGAGCUAAAUCGACUCACAACGAUUCCUACGUAGAAAAACAUGACAAUAAUAAUAAUGAAACAAUCGAUUUACAAUCGAAUGAAAUUGAAAUCGAUAAUCCAUAUGAAGCUAAAGACAAAGAAAACAAAACUGCAACAGUUCAUAAAAAAUCAUGCGAUGUAACUAAUACAACAGAAGAUAAUGCUGUUACAAGUAACAUACUUGGAUCUAUAUAUCUUAAUAAUAUCCAUUCAAGAGUUACGACUAAUCUUGUUGAUGAAAAGGUUUCUGUAGACAAAAUUGAGUCGAACGGUGUGGAUUUAUAUGAUAUAGUGGGAAGUGACUGUGGCAGUGCAAAAGUGUGUCCUAGUGUGACGGUCAAUUGGACAGAUGAUAAAACUAUUACUAUUGGAUUUUUGGGCGCUUAUGGAGGAAGCCAGACGGUACUUGGCGCCAUGCCCUUGGCAGUGGCGGCUGUGAACAGGGAACCCAGCCUGCUCCCGGGGCUGAAACUUCGAUUUGUGGCCGCCAACAUUGGACAUUCCCGGGUUUACAUGCCCAAGGAUAAAGACAGCCUUACGUUGAGGGUGAUGACACAAAUGCGCGACCUGGGUGUGGUCGCGUUUUUCGGCCCUGACAGCACCUGUCACACGGAAGCGAAGUUGGCGGCAGCCUGGAAUCUCCCUCUUUUAUCUCAUAAAUGCACGGGCGCACGCGGCUCUCACGAGUCGGGCAGCGGUCUCGGCACGACGUUUGCGCGCACGCUGCCGCCCGCGUACAAAGUCAGCAAGUCUGUUGUCUCCUUACUAAAGGCAUUCGGUUGGAGCAAGUUCGCUAUAGUCGUUGGGGACGCUGUGACUGCGGCUGCGCAACAGAUGGAUGCUAUAAAGGAGUUGGCCCGUGCUAACGGGAUGACGGUGACGGCUGAGCACAGCUUCCCGGAUUACAUCCCCAAGCACAUCUGCGAGAUGGAGAAGAUUGUGGACCAGACACACGACAAGACAAGAAUAUACGUAUUCCUCGGGGAGCACAUAGCUCUCGUGGACUUUGUCAACGUUCUGCAGCGGCGGGAGCUGCUGAAGAAGGGGGAGUACGCUGUGGUGGCUGUGGAUGACGAGAUCUUCGACCCCAGCACCGCUGAAAUGACGCAAGCUGAUCACCUUGGGCAAAACAACAGUAAUGACAUAUUGGCGUUUCGAGCAGUUCUCAAGCUUACUCCGUCCUUUCCCACCAACCCACAUUACGCGUUAUUAUGUCAAAUGAUCAGAGAACUCUCCGCCGCUUCCCCAUUUUGCGUGCCGAACUACCACAAACUGUUUGAAGAUACUUCGGUGCCCAUAGAGGCGGCUCAUCUCUACGACGCUGUCACUCUUUGGGCUAGAGCAGCUACCGCCGUGAUGAGGACCGGCCUACCAGCCACCGAUGGAGCCACCCUGAUGAAGCUACUAAGACCUACAACUUACAGAUCUGUUCAGGGGUUUGACGUGAAUAUGGACAGCGCUGGUGAUGCUGAAGGCAACUUCACAGUGAUAGGGCUGGUAGCUGAUCCAUCAUCACCCAGCGGUUGGAGCGCUCAGCCCGUAGCCACCUUCCGGUAUACCAACUCCUCGGAUCUUCUGCCGGAACUGGUGGGGGGCAGUGACAUCUCCUGGAUCGGGCGGAAGCCGCCGGUCGCGGAGCCGCCUUGCGGGUUCAACGGCGCCAAGUGCUCCAUACCUCGUGACCCUGGGGUGCUGUCAGCGGCCGCGGCGGUGGCUGCUGCGGCCAUCCUAGCCGCCACCUUACUCGUCAGGCAUUAUAGAUACGAACAGAAACUCGCUUCCGUGCUGUGGAAGAUCGAGGCUAAGGAUCUCACUUUUAUAUCAGCUUGUACUAAUGAUAAGAAUUCAAUCCCCCAGGACGUGGAGCCCCGUCGAGCUCACACCACCAUAGCCUUGUACCGGGGCAACAUCGUGGCCAUCAAACGGCUGAGGAAGAAGAGCAUUGAUGUUACCAGAGCUAUCAAGAAGGAACUGAAACAGAUUCGUGAGCUCCGUCAUGAAAACUUGACAGCGUUCGUGGGAGUGUGUAUAGAGAGCGGGUCAACUUGUAUCGUGUCCGCUUACUGUUCCCGAGGGUCCCUGGCGAGGGUCCUAGCGGACAGGGACCUCCACCUGGACGACAUGUUUGUAGCUAGCCUUGUAGCUGACCUGUUGAGAGGUCUCACAUACCUUCACGAGUCAGCCCUCAUCUCCCACGGGAACCUGACAUCCAGCAACUGCCUGGUCGACAGUCGCUGGGUGCUCCAAAUAACUGAUUAUGGACUCCACUACCUGAAGAGUGGUUGUAUGGACUCAGACGACGCUCUUCGUAUGGAAAGGCGCAUGCUGUGGCGAGCCCCGGAAUUCCUUCGUGACUCCAAUGCCCCGGCCAGGGGGUCACAGAAAGGGGACGUGUACUCCUUUGGCAUUUUGCUGUACGAGAUCCUGGGGAGGAACGGCCCCUGGGGUGACACUAACUUGACUUAUGCGGAGAUCAUCGGCCGAGUACGUCAGCCUAUUGGCGGUGUGCUGUUCCGCCCCCCUUUAGGUGGUCUGGUGGCGAGACCCUCAGUUCUGGCGGUCCUGAACGCCUGCUGGAGUGAACGACCUGAGGCGAGGCCGGAUUUGAGACUAGUCAGGCUAAGACUGAAGGAUAUGCACGCGGGAAUGAAGACGAACAUAUUCGACAACAUGCUCGCCAUGAUGGAGAAGUAUGCUUCGAACCUGGAAGCCCUGGUGACCGCCAGGACCGAGCAGCUGAUGCAGGAGAAGAAGAGGACGGACAACCUUCUAAACCGAAUGUUACCGAGAACCGUGGCAGAAGCUUUGAAGCGAGGAGAACGCGUGAAAGCGGAGAGCUAUGAAUGUGUCACUGUAUACUUCAGCGAUAUCGUCGGUUUUACGGAAUUAGCCGCCACUAAUUCACCUAUGGAAAUAGUGGAAAUCCUUAAUGAACUGUACACCUGCUGCGAUUCAAUCAUAACAUUUUAUAAUGUUUAUAAGGUAGAAACAAUAGGCGAUGCUUAUAUGGUAGUUGGCGGUCUUCCUGAGAGGUGUUCACGGCACGCUGCCGAAGUCGCGUCACUGGCAUUGCAUGUCAUAGAUGAAGUCCCCAAGAUCAGAAUGAACUAUAUACCUGCUCAAAGACUGAAAAUUAGGAUAGGUAUACACAGCGGGCAGUGCGCUGCCGGCGUGGUGGGGGUGAAGAUGCCGCGGUACUGUCUCUUCGGUGACACUGUCAACACCGCAGCGCGAAUGGAAUCGAGUGGGGAGCCGAACAUGAUACAUGUUAGUCACGACACAUACCUCCUGCUGCGACAACAUGGCGGCUAUGAAUUAAAAGAGAGAGGCUUCACCAGUAUCAAAGGCAAAGGAGAAAUGAGAACAUGGUGGUUGACUGGCGAGAAGCACGAGCGAAGAACCAAGCCCACAUGUCGGAUACAACCGACUCAAAUUCCAGGCUUCCAAGAAGACAGCCCCGAAGAGCCUUGGUGGAGCCCCCAGCGGUCAAUCGUCGACAUCCGCGACAGGGCCAGGUUGUCCUGCGGAGCCUUGGGCCCGGGUUCUGCCUUGUCAUCCCCUGGGCCCCCCGCUUGCGCGUGUUUCGUCCCACCGAGGGACCACCACUCGGCCCCAGUCGUAUCAUUCUGUGAAGACUGA